GGGACUAAGAGACCCAGGAAACCACGGAGUUGAGAAACUUGACUGGCAUUCUAGCUGCCCAAUCAAUAGCUGCCACUGAAGGGUGGAGCAGGACGGCAAAAGCCAUGUUUGAAAGGAAGGACGUGAGCGAGAGGCACUAAAGUGAUUGGCUGAAGGCACUUCCGGUGAGCUUCUGGGCCUGACCAGGGCGCCACUGGCGCCAAAAUGUCGCUGGUAGCAGGGGUUAUUCGGCGGCUGGACGAGACAGUGGUGAAUCGUAUUGCAGCGGGGGAAGUUAUCCAGCGGCCUGCUAAUGCCAUCAAAGAGAUGAUUGAGAACUGUUUAGAUGCAAAAUCCACAAGUAUUCAAGUGGUUGUUAAAGAGGGUGGCCUGAAGUUGAUUCAGAUCCAAGACAAUGGCACUGGGAUCAGGAAAGAAGAUCUGGAUAUUGUGUGUGAGAGGUUUACUACAAGUAAACUGCAUUCCUUUGAGGAUUUAGCCAGUAUUUCGACCUAUGGCUUUCGGGGUGAGGCUUUGGCCAGCAUAAGCCAUGUGGCUCACGUUACUAUUACAACCAAAACAGCUGAUGGAAAGUGUGCAUACAGAGCAAGUUACUCAGAUGGAAAACUGAAAGCUCCUCCUAAACCAUGUGCUGGCAAUCAGGGAACCCAGAUCACGGUGGAAGACCUAUUUUACAACAUAUCCACCAGGAGGAAAGCUUUAAAAAAUCCAAGCGAAGAAUAUGGGAAAAUUUUGGAAGUUGUUGGCAGGUAUUCAAUACACAAUUCAGGCAUUAGUUUCUUAGUUAAAAAACAAGGUGAGACAGUAGCUGAUGUUAGAACACUACCCAAUGCCACAACUGUGGACAAUAUUCGCUCCAUCUUUGGAAAUGCUGUCAGUCGAGAACUGAUAGAAGUUGAUUGUGAAGAUAAAACUCUAGCCUUCAAAAUGAAUGGCUACAUAUCCAAUGCAAACUAUUCAGUAAAGAAAUGCAUCUUCUUACUCUUCAUCAACCAUCGACUGGUAGAAUCGACUUCCUUGAGAAAAGCCAUAGAAACAGUGUAUGCAGCUUAUUUGCCCAAAAAUACACAUCCAUUCCUAUACCUCAGUUUAGAAAUCAGCCCCCAGAAUGUGGAUGUCAAUGUGCACCCCACAAAGCAUGAAGUUCACUUCUUGCAUGAGGAGAGCAUCCUGGAACUAGUGCAGCAGCGUAUUGAGAGCAAGCUUUUGGGCUCCAACUCCUCCAGGAUGUACUUUACCCAGACUUUGCUGCCAGGACUUGGUGGCCCCUCUGGGGAAGUAGUUAAAUCCACAGCAAACCUGACUUCAUCUACUUCCGGAAGUGGUGACAAAGUCUGUGCCCAUCAGAUGGUUCGUACAGAUUCCCGGGAACAGAAGCUAGACGCAUUUCUGCAGCCUCUAAGCAAGCCCCUGUCCAGUCAGCCCCAGGCCAUUUUCUCCAAGGAUAAGACAGAUGUUUCUAGUGGCAGGGCCACGCAGCAAGAUGAGGAGAUGCUUGAACUCCCAGCCCCUGUUGAAGUGACUGCCAAGAAUCAGAGCUUGGAGCAGGACGCAGCAAAGAGGACUUCAGAAAGGUUAGAGACGAGAGGACCUAUUUCCAGCCCAGGCAACCCCAGAAAGAGACUUCGGGAAGACUCUGAUGUGGAAAUGGUGGAAGAUGAGUCCCAAAAGGAAAUGACUACAGCCUGUACCCCCCGGAGAAGGAUCAUUAACCUCACCAGUAUUCUGAGUCUCCAGGAAGAAAUUAAUGACCGGGGACAUGAGAUUCUACGGGAGAUGUUGCGAAACCACUCCUUCGUGGGCUGUGUGAAUCCUCAGUGGGCCUUAGCACAGCAUCAGACGAAGUUAUACCUUCUGAAUACCACCAAACUUAGUGAAGAACUGUUCUACCAGAUACUCAUUUAUGAUUUUGCCAAUUUUGGUGUUUUGAGGUUAUCGGAGCCAGCCCCACUCUUUGACCUCGCCAUGCUGGCUUUAGAUAGUCCUGAGAGUGGCUGGACAGAGGAAGAUGGUCCCAAAGAAGGACUAGCUGAAUACAUUGUUGAGUUUCUGAAGAAGAAGGCUGAGAUGCUUGCAGACUACUUCUCUUUGGAAAUUGAUGAGGAAGGGAACCUGAUUGGAUUACCUCUUCUGAUUGACAAUUAUGUGCCCCCUUUGGAAGGACUGCCCAUCUUCAUUCUUCGACUAGCCACCGAGGUCAAUUGGGAUGCAGAAAAGGAAUGUUUUGAAAGCCUCAGUAAAGAAUGUGCCAUGUUUUACUCCAUCCGGAAGCAGUAUGUAUCUGAGGAGUCAACCCUCUCUGGCCAGCAGAGUGAAACAACUGGCUCCACUCCACACCCCUGGAAAUGGACUGUGGAACACAUUGUCUAUAAAGCCUUCCGCUCACACCUUUUGCCUCCUAAACAUUUCACAGAAGAUGGAAAUAUCCUCCAGCUUGCUAACCUGCCCGACCUGUACAAAGUCUUUGAGAGGUGUUAAAUAUGGUCAUCUAUGGACUCUGGGAUGUUUUCUUUCUUUGUAUUUCAAUGUUGCAGCAUUUAAGGUUCAAGACUCUCAUCUGCCUUCUAACUAGUAGCAUUUCCCCCCAUGCAUGGUGAAUUGAUUACAAAUAAAUUGUCAGAUGUGUCCUAAUGGUAGUUCUGACUUAAUUUCCUUAUACUUGAUAAUUUUUCUAGAUCAGUUUUCACCUAGUUAUGUACUUGGUGGUAUUGAAAAAUCUGAAUUUGAAACCCCACUAAGCAUCUGAUAAGGUGUUAUACAGGCACUGUUACUAAUUUUAUCUUGGUUAGAUUGGCAUGUUAAAAAAAAAAAGAAUUCUAAAAAAGUCUUGAAGAUUUCCUAAAUCGUGUUCUGAUUCAAUUCUUUCUGUAUUCUCAUGCUUUUUAUAAGAGAUUCUGAGCAUGUCAGAGGUUCUGAUGACAUUGGCCAUGAAAGAAACUUAACUGAUCAUCUAUUAAUAUCAUCAGUAACCAAAGCUAAUUAUUCUUAAGGAAAAAACUUGAGGAAAGAAAACAAUCCUUACACAAUCUGUAACAAGUGUGAGUUUUUAUAUUAGCCCACUUUGUUAAAUGACUAUGAAUAUUACCAGCUUAAGAUAAGUUUCUAGGUGUUCUUGUUUGAAGGAUGAUCUCAGAAAUGAGGUUCCUUGAGCUGGGAGAGUGGGGGGGUUGUCCGCGCCCUGAGUGACCUCUAGUAGAGGAGGAAAGGUUUCCUAGGCUGCAAAAGCAGGGCCACAUAGUAUGUUAGUUCCAGCUGGGGUGGGGGUGGGGUUCUAGGAUACACCUGCAUUUCAGAGUACCUUCCUGCCCACCCAAACGACACAACUGUUGUUACUAUUAGAGAGAAAAUUUAUGAAAGAUUAUCUCAGGAGUUUAAUAUUCAAAAUUUUUAAAAUGAAAGGCUAAUUACUCCAAGAAGGGAACAAUUAUUAGAUACAGAUCUUGUUCACUUUUGAGUUACCUUCAUCUACUUUUAAGUCUAGUUUUAUUUUAUGUGCCUUGAGUCAUUAAAUUUUGCCCAAUAUAUUUUCUAUGUAAACACUCCAAAGAUAAAAUAAUCAUCUCAAUAAAACCUCCUUGAUUCUGGGAGCAAAAGAAUUGAAAAUUCUGCAAAACAGCUGCACUCAGUGAUUAAAAAAAGAAAAACCUCUGCAACUGGAUACCUUUGGAGAUGAAAUUAAAACUCUUUACAAAGUUCUAUAUUCCAGAUUAUUUUUCCAUGAGAAGGUUAUGAGGGAUGUGGUUUUCAUGAUUUGUUUUAAAGGCUCCCAUAACAAAAUGAACGUGUCAGUAGCCAAUUGUGGUUGGCAAAAGGAUGUGUUUAAUAAGAAUCUUUAGGCAGAUUUCCCACCUGCCUGCCCUGUCCUUCCCUCCUCCUUUUGUUUUGUCUGAGGUUCAUUCCACAAAUAAGCAGCAGAUGAAAUACUUUACAAGGUAUAGCACAGUUAAUAUUGAAGAAUAGGACCCUACUCUUACUUUAAGAGUAUUAGGCCUUGGACUUCCCCUGCCCCAUGCAAUAAAGCAAGUUUUAUAUACACUCCCAAUAUUUUUUCCUUACAUUUUCUUAUAUAAAUUUAAAUAUUUUACAAAAAAGGCUUUUUCCUCCAAACAUAUAAAUUUCAGUGAAACAUAGAUUCCCCACUUGUGAACUUGUUUCUUCACUAAAAUAGAAAUGCUAUCAGAUAUCAAGGAUGAAUGUCUUGACCACUGGAGAUCACUGAAGUUUGAAUUGCACCGUGGAGAAGGCACUUGUGUUUUCUGAGGUCUCCAGCAAGUAUCUCAGUGAGCGCUCAUGGAAUUGCUGUCCUCUUGACCCCAUGCCAAGGCCUCUGAGUGGCCAGUCACUGAGGCAGUUGGGGGAAAAUGUUGAGUAAACGUGAUUCUAAAAUUAUGG